AUGGUUGCAGAGGGCUUUCUGCUUGGAGGAGAUGGCUGGCCGGAUGAGCCAGAAUUGCCAGGUACAUUUGGCCCACCAGUGCCCGUUUAUUCCAUAAUCUUGACACUGCUUUGGCCUCUUCCAGUGCUUCUUUAUUGGCUUCUUGACUUCUUGCUGACCCGAAGAAGAUUAACAGUCCAAGACACCUACACCAACGAAAGCGGCAGCCAAAUUGCUGCUACUGGAUCCGGGAGCGAAAUGCCGCGCGAGCAGAAUCUGCCUGGCCUGACUACAGUGCAUGACCCGCCCGGCUACUUUCCAAUCAUGAUGGCUUCUCUCGAACACUCAUUGCCACACUUGGCUACAGGCCGUGCGACUGCAGGAGGUCUGGGGAAAGUGGUUGAUUUGAUUGUCAGAAAGCACCCCUCAGACAUCCUUUUGGUGCAUCCGAUGCUUGCAGAAGUGGAGGGCAAGCUGGAAUACGGCAAUCCCAUCGAUGAACAGCCAUCCCUGCGCUUGGUGGUGGAUGGCCAGCGACACGAUAUACGGGUUUUUCGUUUUGCUUCUCCUCCACGGGAAGAGCAAUGCCAACAGGUACGCGUGGAGUUUUUAAUGCUGUCUCAUGAGAUCUUUGAGGCACGAACGUUGGAUGGAAUCUAUCCGAAUCCAAUGUCUCGCAAGGCGGUUCUGACAUUCUUCUCAUUGUGGAAUCAGGCAGUGGGUGCACUUUUAGCAAGGCACAAGCCACGAGUAUUUCACUGUCCAGAUUUUCACACUGCCAUUGCCCCAUGGUAUGCCUUACCUGAACAUCCUGACCUGCGAAUUCUGUUGGUACUCCACAAUGCUGAGUAUCAAGGCACAAUUAGCACUGAUAUGAUCUAUGGGCACACCCUAGCUGCCAUCGCAUCGGUGUUCAAUCUGCCCGUCCAAAUGGUCAAAGAUCACCUGGUAUUGGAUGGCCGAUUCAACAUGCUGAAAGCAGCCGUCGAUUUCAUUCUCGAGAGGCAGAAUGGUGAGGGUGCCUGUGCUGUAUCUCAGUGGUAUGCGGCAGAGUGCCACUCUGCCUAUGGCGUUCUUUGGCACUUACCAGCAGUUCAUGGACUGGACAACCCCAUGCUCGAAGAGGAAAGAGUUGUCAUCACAGGUAGCUUGGCGGAUGCCAAGGCUGAGGCAAAGCAGAGACUUCAAAGAAGAUUCGGACUUGAGGAGAACCCCAAUGCGAGGCUUUUUGUAUCCCUGGGCCGGCUGGUACGACAGAAAGGAGUUGAUCUCAUAGCUGAUGUUGCCGGCUGGCUGCUCUCCAGCUAUGCGGAUGCGCAACUUAUUCUUGUGGGUCCAGUUGGAGAUGGUUUCGGCCACUAUGCUGCGACCAAGUUGGAGCAGCUCCAGCAGCAGCUUCAGCAGCUCCCGGACAAUAGCCAGCGUCGCUUGUACGUCAACAUCCAGUUCAUGCGCGAUCCUGCUGCCCUCAAGGAGAUGAAGUUGGGUGCGGAUUUUUGCCUCAUGCCUUCCCGAGAUGAGCCAUUUGGCUACGUCGAUGUCGAGUUUGCCUGGCACGGAGCUUUGCUCGUUGGCGCCCAAGCUGGCGGACUGGGCAAGGUGCCUGGCUUCUACUUCCUGGCGCAGAAUCGUGAGAAUUUGAGCCGCUUGAGACGCGAGCUGCGCUCAGCAGUGUCACAUGCAAUGAGUGCGUCAGAGGAUCAGUUGCAAUGCAUGGCAGAAGCAGCUGUUCGAUGUACAUUUCCAUUGGAGCGAUGGCAGCGCAAACUGGAAUUCGCAUACAAAAUGGCAGCCGGCGAGUAUUCGAUACCAUGUGAGCGGAGCAUGUCAACGUUGGGCCCAGAGUCCCGGAUGCGGCUACAAUCAGAAGGAGCCCACGAUGCGCCUGGGCCAGGCUUCUCUGUGGAAACCCCGGCUUCCAGCUGGAGAGAACAAGCGCAGACCUUCCUGCCAUACCCGGAGACAGCCGAUCCCGUGCUACUGCCGCAGCCUUCCAGAGGCGCUUGGCCACUGCAAGGCAGCACGACGCCGGUGUCUGCAGUUGACUCUGCUGUGGGCGAGCAGCGCCGCAUGCACAACGCGAGCUUUGCGCGGUCAGCAGCCGGGCCCGAGUUUAUGACUCAGGAGUUGGAUGAAGAAGAGCUUGCAGAAAGAGUCAAAGAGAAAGUACAGCAGCACCCUUGGGGUAUAGAUGAGAUCCUAGAAAGGGUUGGUGAAGAUGUGGACUUUGAGCGCGAACGCAGUUCGGUGGCCAGAUGGCUAUUGGGACGGACAUGUGGUGUUCAGCGCAUUCACAUCGUAGUCGCCCUUGGCUACGUUGCUUCACCAGUGGCUGAAUUCCUGACUUUUGUCACAGCUACCGAGUGGGGUUUGAGAGGCGGAGAAAGCGUUCCCAGAUUUGCUCGGCGGCUGCUGGGUGAGCAAAUCGACCCGCCUAUUCUCAACAUGGCCCUCUUUGCCAUCAAUGCGCUCGCAUUCGCGGUUUCUGCACCUUUGUGGGCAGCGCUCAGCCGCUAUAUUGAACCGAGGAAGGUCAUGGCCAUUAGCUUGAUGCUUCAAGUCCCGCUGCUUCUCACUCUUUGGCCGAUGUAUCCAAGCAUUGAGCUGGCGUGUCUUCUCGUCUUUGCCCAUGGUAUGGUGACAUCUUCUUCAUUUCUGUUCCUUGUUUUUAACUUCAUGAUGUCCAUCAAGGCUGACAUGGCCAACUACGCUGUUCGCCUUGGGGCACUGGAGAUGUUGCGGUAUGGCGUGACCUGGCUGCUGAGCGGCUACAUAUUCCUGGCCUCGCCAUCUUCUUUGCGUGGAACAGAGAACGCCUUAUUCGCAUUCGGCGCAAGUAUGGUCUGAGCACGGUUGUACCCCUGAUCCCGAGAUGCGCAUGGCCAAGUGUAGCUUGCACGUUUGCCCAGAAAGAGCAGCCGCUGCCCACACAGUUUGCUUUUCUUCUUCUGCCCAUCGUCUACACCUUAGAUGCCCUCCUUUCUGGCCAUAUCUUCAUCAUAGAGAGCUGAGGGACUGGUCAUGUUUCUCCUGACGGCCAUCCCGGGAGUUCCUUGACUCAGAGACAAAUCGUCGCACUGAGCAGCAUAAUGCGGCUUCAGCACCGCCGAGCACAACACAUUGAGGCAUUGUUGCUCUUUGCCCCAGGGCUGGGCACUUUGUUACGAAAGGGCACAAAAUAAGAGUUGCAGAGCAGCCUAAUCUAGGCCCUAUCGAGACGAUCGAUUCCCUGGUUGGGAUCUCGACCUCUUCUUCAAGAGAAGGUCCUUUGUGCUGCUGUUCAUCAGUGAUUGCUUGGGAAGUCUCGCCCUUUUCCCUGGGACAUGCUACAUCAGCUGGUGGCUUUCCAACGGGUGGAGCAGUAUGGAGCUGUCUGGCUUGAGUGUGGUCUUUGCCAUUCUGCUGGCCGGUGGUACGUUACUUUGGGCUGCAGCCCUAAGCCGUGCCUCGGUUCACGGCUUCUCUUUCCUUAUCGGAGUGGCUGUGAUGCUAGCACCUGCGAUGAUGCUGCGAGCUCUCGUCCAAGAUGAGGUGGCGACCAUCACAAGCUUGGGGCGCUCAGAGGCGGCCUUGAUUAUAAGUGUCGUCACCCUCUUCCUGGAAGGAGUCCGGUCUUCUGCUUUGUGGACAGCCAAGAUCCGCAUUCUAAACUCACGCUGGCGGUUGCUUAGUUAUGGAACCAUUCUGCAGAGCUGCAGUCAUGCCUGCGCUUUUUUGUCGCCCAUUG